AAAGUCACGGUUGAUGCGGAACGUGUUGACUUUAAAUGACCGAUGUUCGCUUCUGGCUACUGCUAUAUAUUUAGGUCCAAAGUCGGCAGGUUUGUCAUUCAUUCGAAUCUGACUAUUGCGUGUGUGGAGUUUAAAAUUGAAAGUAGAAAAAUAUUCAGAAUGAAGUUCUUAGUUGUCGUCUUGUUGGGUGCUGCUCUUGGUGUCGAUAGUGCAACUCUUCCACCGAAUGAAGGCAUUGAAGCAUUCAGGGCCUUGUCUAUGAACUGCAUGGCCCAAGUUCAUGCCACUGAUGCGGAUUUCGACAGUAUUGUAAACAAUUCGCCUAAUCCUACACGUCAAGGAAAGUGCUUACGGAGCUGCCUGAUGAGGACUUUCGACUUGCAAAAGGAGGAUGGAACUUUAAACGUUCCAAGACUGAUGAAUUUAGCUGACACGUUCUCUAGUGGAAAUCCACAGAAGAUUAAAACUGCUGAAGAGAUUGGAGUUAAGUGCUCAGAUGCCGCAGAUGGACAGAGGAAUCCAUGCGAAAUGGCGUACUUGUAUGAUAAAUGCAUGAGACAUGAAAUCAAAGCUCGUCGCUUAGACAUUCAGUAUUAAAGGAUUAACCUAUAAAAGGAGAAUCAGUUUGGGGUGACUUAUCCUGUAAUAGUUUUGUAAGUUAUUUUGUAAGAUUCGGACCAAAUAAAACUCU